AUGGCGACGGAGGAAUGUCAGCGCACGCUGCGCAGCCUGGAGACGCAUUACCAGCAGUUCCUGCAGCACAGCGCCGAUGCGCGCUGCUUCCAGCCCGACGACCGCAUGCAGCUGCAGCGCGACUACAGCGCCUGCACGCAGAAAUACGAGCUGCUGCUGCGCGCGCAGGAGAAAGUGCUGCAACCCCCCCACAGCACCCCCAUGCGAUGCUGCAGUGCUGCAACCCCCCCACAGCAUCCCCCCGCGGUGCUGCAGUGUUGCACCCCUACCCCAUGUGAUCCACACGUUCCAGUGCUGCAAUGCUGCACCCCCACCACCACAGCUCCCACCCCAUGCAGUGCUGCAAUGCUGCACCCCCACCACCACAGCUCAUACCCCAUGCAGUGCUGCAAUGCUGCACCCCCCCACCACAGCUCCCACCCCAUGCAGUGCUGCAAUGUUGCAUCCCCACCACCACAGCUCCCACCCAUUGCAGUGCUGCAAUGCUGCACCCCCACCACCACAGCUCCCACCCCAUGCAGUGCUGCAAUGCUGCACCCCCACCACCACAGCUCCCACCCCAUGCAGUGCUGCAAUGCUGCACCCCCACCACCACAGCUCCCACCCCAUGCAGUGCUGCAAUGCUGCACCCCCACCACCACAGCUCCCACCAAUUGCAGUGCUGCAAUGCUGCAUCCCCACCACCACAGCUCCCACCCGUUGCAGUGCUGCAAUGCUGCAUCCCCACCACCACAGCUCCCCCGCCAUGCAGUGCUGCAAUGCUGCACCCCCACCACCACAGCUCACACCCCGUGCAGUGCUGCAUCCCCACCCUGCUUCACACACCCAUUGCAGUGCUGCAAUGCUGCACCCCCACCACCACAGCUCCCACCCGUUGCAGUGCUGCAAUGCUUCACCCCCACCACCACAGCUCCCACGCCAUGCAGUGCUGCAAUGCUGCACCCCCACCACCACAGCUCCCACCCCAUGCAGUGCUGCAUCCCCACCCUGCUUCACACACCCGUGGUGGGGCUGCAGUGCUGCAUCUCCCCGCUGAGCCGCGCUGCAUCCCAGUCUGCUGCGCCCACUCAGUGCAGUGCUGCAGUGUUGCGGUGCCACAGCACUGUUUGUCCACUCAGCUGCGCUGCAUCCCCAUCUGCAGCACCUUCCCUGUGCAGUGCUGCACUCCUAUCUCAUAGAAAACCACUCAGUGCAGCGCUGCAACGCUGCAUCCACCUGCUCGGCAGCGCCGCAUCCCAAUCUGCAGCAUCCACCUACUGCAGCGCUGCAUUCUCACCCAGCUGCACCAGCUCAGUGCAGUGCUGCAGUGCCACAGCCUCACCCAGCUGCACCAGCUCAGUGCAGUGCUGCAGCGCU